UUUGUCGAUGUGUAAUAUAAGAAGCGCGUGACUCUUCGUUACCGAUUUUGUAAUAUGCUCCGCCACCCGACAGCCUAAAACCCUAAACCCCACUUCUGUAAAACCAUCGCCGUUGGGAAUCAUGGCGGUGCAACUGAAGAAGAACUACAAGAGCUUUCGUUCACUGCAGCAAUUUUACACGGGCGGGCCUUACGCCGUCUCCUCCGAUGGUUCCUUCCUCGUCUGCGCUUGCGACGAAACCAUCAAAAUCGUGGAAACUUCUAAUGCCGCCGUCAAAUCCACCAUUGAAGGCGAUUCCCAGCCGGUUACUGCCCUUCUCCUCAGUCCCGAUGACAAAUUCAUCUUCUCCGCCAGCCACAGUCGCCAAAUUCGAGUCUGGGAGAUCUCAACCCUCAAAUGCCUGCGCUCCUGGAAGGGGCACGAAGAAGGGCCGAUAAUGGGAAUGGCUUGCCAUGCAUCAGGGGGGUUGCUCGCAACAGCAGGGGCUGAUAAGCGAGUGCAAGUGUGGGAUGUGGAUGGUGGCUUCUGCACACAUUAUUUCAAGGGGCAUAAAGGGUUGGUAACCAGUAUUAUUUUCCACCCUGACCCGAAUCGUCUGCUUCUUUUCUCUGGUGGUGAUGAUGCCACUGUUCGGGUGUGGGAUCUUACCAGCAAAAAGUGUGUUGCAACACUAGAAAAACAUCAAUCAACGGUCACUUCUCUGGCAAUAUCUGAAGACGGGUGGAACUUGCUUACUGCCGGAAGAGAUAAGAUUGUAAAUAUUUGGAACCUGCACGAUUAUAGCUGUGCGACUGUUGUACCGACGUAUGAGGCACUAGAAGCUGUGUGUACACUAGAUUCAGCAUCCCCCUUUGCCUUGUGUUUGUCAUCAUUUGCCCAAAAACAUGGGAAGAAGAGCACUUCAUCGUCUAUUCAAUUCAUCACAGUUGGUGAACGUGGGAUUGUGCGUAUAUGGAACUCGAAUGGGGCUAUGCUCCUCUUUGAGCAGAAAUCUUCAGAUGUGAGUGUCAAAUCGGACAAUGAUGAGGUUAAAAGGGGCUUUACCUCUGCUAUGAUGCUGCCAUUGGGUCAAGGAUUGCUCUGUGCUACAGCUGACCAACAGUUUCUUGUUUAUGAUUUGGAUAAACAUGCCGAUGACAGUCUGAACUUGAUGCUAAAAAAGAGACUGAUUGGAUACAAUGAAGAGAUUGUAGACAUGAAGUUUUUGGACGAAAAAGAACAACUUCUGGCAGUUGCAACAAGGGUUGAACAAGUACGAGUAUAUGAUCUGGUUACAAUGUCAUGUUCCUAUGUAUUGAGUGGCCAUACUGAUAAAGUUCUAUGCAUUGAUACCUACGCGCCAAGUUCUGGAAGAGUACUUAUUGCUACAGGAAGCAAAGACAACAGCGUUAGGCUGUGGGAAGGCCAAAGCGGGCACUGUAUUGGAAUUGGCAAAGGUCACAUGGGGGCUGUUGGGGCAGUUGCUUUCUCGCGGAAAAAAAGCAACUUUUUUGUUAGUGGUAGUAGUGAUCGUAUGCUGAAGGUAUGGAGCUUUGAUGGAAUCUCAGACGAUGGUGGGGAAGUUUCCGAAUUGAAAGUAAAAGCAGGAGUGGCGGCCCAUGACAAAGAUAUAAACUCAUUAGCGAUUGCACCCAACGAUACCCUUGUUUGCAGUGGUUCAGAGGAUCGCACAGCAUGUAUAUGGAGGCUCCCGGAUCUGGUUCCUGUGGUUGUACUGAAAGGACAUAAAAAGGGAAUUUGGUCUGUGGAGUUUUCUCCGGUUGACCAAUGUGUAUUAACAGCCUCUACUGAUAAGACUAUAAAACUAUGGGCUAUCUCCGAUGGUUCGUGUCUAAAAACAUUUGAAGGACAUACAUCGAGUGUCAUUCGAGCUUCAUACAUUACACGAGGGGCUCAAUUUGUUUCUUGUGGCGCUGAUGGCUUGGUGAAGCUGUGGACUGUCAAAACCAACGAAUGCGUGGCCACUUAUGAUGAACAUGAAGACAAGAUAUGGGGAUUGGCAAUCGGGAAACAGACAGAAAUGCUUGCAACAGGCAGCGGUGAUGGAGUUAUUAAUUUGUGGCAUGACUCUACGGCUGAGGAGAAAGAGGAAGCCUUUCGGAAAGAAGAGGAAGACGUUUUGAGAGGGCAGGAACUAGAAAAUGCCGUAGUAGAUGCUGACUAUGCAAGAGCUAUUCAACUUGCGUUUGAACUUCGUAGACCUCACAAACUUUUCCAGUUAUUUAGUGACCUCAGCAGGAAGGAAGAUGCCAAUGUUCAUAUCGAAAAGGCUCUUUCUCCUCUUGACAAAGAACAGCUCGUUAUACUUUUGGAAUACAUCAGAGAAUGGAAUACAAAACCAAAACUGUGUCAUAUAGCACAGUUUGUGCUGUAUCGUUUAGUUAGCAUCUUCUCUCCUACAGAGAUUGUCGAGAUGAAAAACAUUGGAGAAGUAAUUGAAGGACUUAUUCCAUAUUCACAGAGGCAUUUUACUAGAAUAGAUAGGUUGGAAAGAAGCACGUUUCUAUUGGACUACACAUUGACACGUAUGUCUGUUAUAGAACCUGAAAAGGAGAAAAAGUCAACUGUUGACAAAGGCGAAAAAAAGAAGUUGAACGAUGCAGCUCCAAAUACAGGGGAUGAUGACAUGGAAUCGGAAGAUAUCCCGGUGAAGAAGAGGAAAUCUCGAAAAUCCCAAGAUAGAAAACAGAAGAAAGCCAAGGUGGCUUACGUAAGUGCUUCUGCUGUAUCGACACAUGCAUAGUACUAGUAGUAAAUUCAUUUAUUAUCAUCUUUUUUUACAAGUUAAGGUUUCUUUUAACAUCUGCAAUUUUGAAGGCCUUUGGUGAUUUGAUCACACAUUGUAAUGGUGAGGGAUUAAUUUGUCUUUGAAAUUAUAUUAUUGUUGUAUAACUGAGAUUAUGGACUUGGUGCCAGUUGAGUUGUUUGGUGUUUAGUUAGGUUUUAUUUAUUUAUUUUUAAAUAAAGGUACUCGGGCAGAAAAAAAAAA